AUGAAGUCUCAUAAGGGUAUUUACAAUUUAGAUAAGAAAGACUACUUGGGCCAGCAGCGGGUGCGAUGGGCGAAAUAUUUCUCAGUCCCAAUUAUAGAGGGAUUCCCUAAAGGCUUCCCCUUCCGCACACUAUCGGUACAACGUGCGCUGUGCGCUAUCUCCCAGAAAUCACCAGAAACGCUCGCUCCGGUGAUCGGGGCGCUAUUCCACACGGUUUGGGUUGAAGGCAACACAACCAUCGGCGAACCGGAUGGGUUUGCCCCCGUCAUUGAGAGCAUACUUGGGAAGCAAGAGACGCGUGAGAUUAUGUCUGCUAUGAACAACCCGGAUAUCAAGGCCCUUCUGACCGCGAAUACCGGUCGGUCUUUUGACUCGGGGGCUUUUGGGCUGCCCUGGCUUGAGUGCACGAACUCCAAGGGCGAGACCGAGGGCUUCUUCGGUGUCGACCAUUUGGGCCAGGUGGCUGACUUCCUAGGUUUGGACCGCGCGCUCGACAGAGGGUUCAGGGCGGCUCUCUAG